AAAUUCUUACUGGGGAUGUAUCCUUCCGCACGGACGGAGUGAUCCAAUAUAGUGCCACAUUACAAUUGUAUCAUGCACUUUUAGCUUUUUGUCACGCAUAGCUUGCAAUGUUGCAUUUUACCUCAACACGGCAGUCAUUUGAUAAUAAUCAAUCUGUGGUUGUUUAUUAUGUCAAACCCGCGUGCUGUCUAUUUGACCAGACCAGACAGUGUGCAGACUUAGGCGAGAGACCUACGGACCGGGAGACCCUGCGGAACAUCUCGAGAAGACGACUUUGCUUCGUGCUAGGCUAGCUAGGAGCCAACGAUAGGUACCCACUUAGGUGCGUGUUGGAGGGACAUAUAAUAACACACCAUUGGAGAUUUGUUUUAAGUUAACUAGCACGGUUACUCAAUAAUGCCCAGCAAAAAGAAGAAAUAUAACGCCAGAUUCCCUCCGGCCAGGAUUAAGAAGAUCAUGCAGACUGAUGAAGAGAUAGGCAAAGUGGCUGCCGCCGUUCCUGUCAUCAUAUCACGAGCUUUGGAGCUGUUCCUGGAGUCUCUCCUGACGAAAGCCUGUCAAGUCACCCAGUCCAGGAACGCAAAAACAAUGACAACGUCACACUUAAAACAGUGCAUUGAGCUGGAGCAGCAGUUUGACUUCCUGAAGGACCUGGUAGCAGCAGUGCCAGACAUGCAGGGCGAGGGAGAGGAGAACCACGCAGAGGGGGGGGAAAAAGGUGCACGCAGAGGUCGAAAGCCGGGGUCAGGCCGCAAGAACGGAGGAGCCCGCUCCAAAGGAAAAGACAAGAAGCUAUCAGACACAGAGUCGGAGCAAGAGGAUGACUCUGAGGAUAGCGAGACAGAUGGGGAUGAGGAGGACGGUUCUCAGUCAAGCACAAACCUGCAGCCGCAAUCCCGUUUCCACAGCCCAGACACCAUACCACCUCAGUACCUCCACAUGGGCACCGCACAGGGGGGCCUGGCCAUGUCCCUAGGCUCCUUUGCCCCCCACCCCUCGCUGAUGGGCACCGCACCCCCGCCUCCCCCAUCCAUGCCGCACAAAGACGAUGACGACGACGAUGAAGACUAUGACUCUUAGCUCCCCCCGCUCUUUUUACCUUUCAUUUUCUCAUAAGUUGUUCUCUUGUUUGGCUGCAUUGACAAAGAGUUGGGUCUGGGGAAACGCUCACAUGCAGCUCAUUGUUCAGGAAAAGUCUACAACUGUCAGUAAGGCUCGUAGACAUGACAGCUGCCACCGCUGAAGAUGAGAGUAAUCGGUUGUAUAUUCUGUUUUAAUUAUAAUUUUUUUCUUAUUUUAUUGUGGAGAGAAUUUGAACCAGGUUGUUUUUUUAAGACAGGUGGUCGUUCUAUUUGGACUACACACACAAAAAAAACAGUUGAUGCGUCAAAGGCUCUGGCCUAGCCCAAGGACAGGUUUGAUUAUUAAGUCCCAUUGUAGUUUGCACUUUGGUUAUUCUCUCUCUGUGUUUUCUGUUUGCGACAUUGGUGUUCAAAGAACAUAUCACUCCAUUUCCGCUUUCAAUGUCUGCUCAAGUUAGUUUGUGGAUCUCACCCCUGCGCAGCCUAACAGCCUCAUAGAAUACUGUACACACAGACACCUACUUGAUGAUUUCAGAGCAGCAGUAAGUCAUAUUUUAAAAGUGAUCAGCACUUACCUAUAGGAAAAGGAGAUGAGGUUUAUUGUCUGUGAGGAUUAUCAUGAAUUUGGCAGAGUGGUAGGUAGGUCAUCCUCUCCAACUAGUUUGAUUGUUAGGCUACAUAGGCCCUCAACAAAUGGCAGAGUGGCAGGUCAUCCUCUCCAACUAGUUUGAUUGUUAGGCUACAUAGGCCCUCAACAAAUGGCAGAGUGGCAGGUCAGCCUCUCCAACUAGUUUGAUUGUUAGGCUACAUAGGCCCUCAACAAAUGGCAGAGUGGCAGGUCAUCCUCUCCAACUAGUUUGAUUGUUAGGCUACAUAGGCCCUCAACAAAUGGCAGAGUGGCAGGUCAUCCUCUCCAACUAGUUUGAUUGUUAGGCUACAUAGGCCCUCAACAAAUGGGUAAGGAGAUGUAUUUUACGAAAGGUUAUGAAUUCUUGUCAAUGCAUUUUUUUCCCUUUUUAAUUAAACUUUUUAUGACAAUUUAUCCUCAUGAAGACCUUGACCGUUUGCUUACUUCAACCAUAUUCAAAUGUAAUUAUGCUAAUGUUUACAACUCCAAUUGGAUGUUCUUGUUUGUUCAUUUGAAAUUUGGGUGACAAGUCACUACUUUGGAGGUAUGACAUGAAAUAUGUUGUUUUGUAGCCCCCCCCCCCCAAAAAAAAAUAUAUAUAUUGAAGACAAAAGUGUCUGUGCUGGCUAUUCUUAUCUGAAAGAUACUGUGACGCUCCUGAAGCAUAACUUUGUUUUUAAAGUUGUUAAACCCCUACCCCUUCUCACCUAUAAUUUGUUUUCAGGAAGAUAUCGUACCCCCCCACUUGGAAUAAAAUUAGCCUUUGUAUUACGUGUUGUUCUUUCUCUCUUUUUAGAUUGUUUUAAUGUCCGUGUCUGUCUUGAUAUGACAUGUUGAAAGGUAGGCAGUUAAACUUGACGCUGUAUGUAAACUUUAACAUUCUUUUUAUUUUGUAUGGGUGAAAUAAAGUUCAGAUUUCAAUAAAACACUGCUAACUUUUUCAA